AUGUCAUUAACAAAAAAGAAAGACGAUGAAAAGGAGAAGAAAUUUUUGGGACGAUUAACCUAUAAACUUGACUAUGAUUUUGAUAAAAAUGCACUAUCGGUGACGAUCAUUCAAGCCGAGGAAUUGCCGGCAAUGGAUUUGGGUGGAACAUCGGAUCCCUACGUGAAAUUAUUUCUUCUGCCCGACAAGAAAAAGAAAUUUCAAACAAAAGUCCAACGAAAAUCCCUCAACCCGGUUUUCAACGAAACUUUCACAUUUAAGAUCCCUUUCAAUGAAGUGGCUAGUCAAACGCUUGUUUUAAACGUUUUUGAUUUUGAUCGAUUCGGAAAACAUGAUCAGAUUGGUCAAGUUUCAGUGGCAUUGGGUCGAAUAGAUUUAGCUUCAACGAUUGAACAAACUGUACUCAUCGAGAGUCCACCGGAAAAUCGUUUGGGUGAGGUUUGUUUAGCGCUUCGCUACGUCCCAAACAAGAACAAGCUCUCCGUUGUGGUGAUGGAGUGUAAAAAUUUGAAGAAAAUGGACGUCCUUGGAUUGUCAGAUCCUUAUGUGAAAAUCUACUUGAUGAUGCAAAAUAAGCGAUUGGAAAAGAAAAAGACGACAAUCAAGAUGAAAACCCUCAAUCCAUACUACAAUGAAUCGUUUAGCUUUGAUGUACCGCCAGAGAAAAUGCAGCGAGUGCAUCUUCACGUAAUUGUCUCUGAUUAUGACAGAGUCGGCUCUAAUGAAAGAAUUGGACAAGUGAUAAUCGGGAACAACGCGAAUGGCGUGGCGCUAAAGCAAUGGCAAGACAUGUUAGCCACCCCGCGACGUUCUGUCGCUCAAUGGCACACCCUGCAACCGUUUGGAGAUGAU